GCUGGGAUCGGCGCGCGCACCACCUCUGGCCUCUCUUGACCCUUAGCGUCUGUUUCCGUUUCCGGUUCUCCGCUUUAUCCGAGCUACACUCGUGCGGUUGGCUGCUGGAGCUGGCUCGGGGAGUCUCUUGUGGGGGUCGUCAUGGCGGGAAGCCGGCUGGAGACCAUUGGCACUAUCUUUACCCGGACUCGGGACCUGAUGCGGGCUGGGGUGAUGAAGGAGAAGCCCCUGUGGUAUGAUGUGUAUGAGGCCUUUCCACCAUUGAAGGAGCCUGUGUUCCGGAGGCCCCGCUUGCGCUAUGGCAAAGCCAAAGAUCUGGUACCUGAGAUCCUGUACCAGGAAGAUCGGAUCAGAGCGAAAUACUAUUCAGUUUAUGGAUCUGGUCCCAGAACUUUUGAUCUUUUCAACCCGAACUUUAAAUCUUCCUGCCAAAGAUUUGUGGAGAAGUAUAUUGAACUGCAGAAAAAGGGAGAAACAGAUGAAGAUAAGCUCUUUGUGGAAACAGGAAAGGCUUUAUUGGCAGAAGGCAUUAUUUUAAGACGAAGAGGAGAAGGAGCGACUCAUUUAGGGAAGUCAGAAACCUGAAACAAGAACUUCAGAUCAGAACUGUAUUGGAGGAAAAGUGGCAUAACCCCGUAUGACCAGCCUUUGGAGUUCACUGAAGAGAAGCUGAAGAAUUUGUUUCUUCACCAUUGAAUUAUACUUAUUAUUAUUGUGUACCAUCAAUGCCUGAUCUCAUAAUAACCAUACACAGUAGAUCAAUGUUGAAUUUUUUUUUCACAGUUGAACUGGGGAAAUAUUUCUUAACUUAUAAGUAUUUACACUUGAAUUUUGUAUAUUCACCCCUCUUUGGGGGUUUUCAUUAAAGCUCAAAACCUGGCAAGCA